GUCUAUGAACUUGGACCUAAUGACAACUUGACAAAAUGGGUGGAGGAUUUGCCGAAGCAGCUGCCAGCUGCUGGAUUUGGUGCGCUGUUCGCUCAGAAUUCCGCCGAAGUGCUCUUCAGCUCCCGAGCUUAUCACUCACUGCCAACUUCUUUGAAUGUGUACGACAAUGCGCGACUGAGAGUUGAAACUGCAGGCUCUGAAGGAAGUAUUCACACGCAACUGCACACCUACACGCCUCACAUCUCAGCAAGCGGUGGCACGUCACGUUUUGUGACAGCAGGAAUGGUGGACUCGGUUUUGGGACCGUUCCUCGUGUUGGCUUUGGCACUUGUCACAUCGCCUUUUGUUAUCUUUUUGGUGGAAGAGCGUGUAAGCAAGUUUGCGCAUCAGCAGUCCUUGACGGGCAUAUCGCCAAUUUUAUUCUGGACGGCCUCGUUUCUAUUCGACUUCUUGUUCUACUCCAUCGUCUGCGCUUGCUUCUUGGUAGUGUUUAUCAUCAGCGGUUGGAUGCAGGGAUAUCUUGGAUUUGUGAUUCUCCUGUUUAUUCUGUACUUCUGGUCAUGUGUGCCGUUCAUUUACGCUGUGUCCUUCAUAUUCUCCUCGCCGUCAAAGGCAAAUGUCCUGCUUAUUCUCUGGCAGUUGGUGGCAGCGUUUGCGGCUAUGCUGAUUAUAUUCAUAAUUAGUUUCGGUGAACUGGUAGAACCAACGCUCAGUGAACUCAUCAGAUGUUUCCUUGCGGGGUUAGGGAGGGGGCAGAUGAGUUUUAUGAUCGCAAAUCCGUCGAUCCUGUUGUGCUUCUUGCCUUCAUUCGCCCUUGGCAACGCUGUGAUGACAGUGGGAACAACCUCGGCCGAGAAACUCCCUCCAAGUAUACUGUGGGAGUGGAAUAUGCUUGGCAAAAAUAUAACGUUUAUGCUGAUAUUUGGCUGUUUCUCUUCGCUGCUGUUUCUGAUGUUCCAAUUCAAAGUGAUACGGUACCGCUGGUUCCAACUUUGGGAUUUGCGAUAUGGGCGGAGGUGUUAUGCUAGGAUUGCCAAUGAUGAGGAGGAUCGAGCAGUGACUGAAGAGCGAGUGAGUGUGCAAGAUGUGCAAAUGGUUAUGGACAUCUGCAGAGCUGUGAGGGUGCUGACCAUUGGCGUGUGGCGAAAUAGCGAAUGUUGGCCAUUACUUGGGUCAUGCAAAACGGCGCCGGAAAGACGACAAACUUUCGACAUUCUCACUGGGCAAUCUUUUGCCACGUUUGGAACAGCUCGCAUAGAUAAACGGGAUGUGACAGAGCAGAUUCCGAUCGGUUAUUGUCCUCAAUUCGAUGCACUUCUGCUGGAUCUGACCGGAAGGGAAGCUCUCGAGAUUCUGGCCCGAAUGCAUGGUUUCCCCUCAACCAGAUGA